GGAAGAAGCUGAUGAAACUUCCGAUGGUAUGCCCGUUUGAGCAUUAUUUGAACCCGUCACCACACCAGCUGCAUUCGAAACUAAUGCACUAAUUUGCGAGGAAAUACUUUCCGAUCGUCGGAAAGUAUCUCGCAAUCUAUUUAGAGAGGAUAAUGAUGGGGAACCAGAUAAAAGGUUAUUAGAGGCAUUGCUGGCGGUUUCUUCACUAUCUGGACUACGCAACAAGAGAUUACGCGAACUACUCAUUUUAGCACAACACUUCUAUUCUUACACAGCACAACACCUUUAACACGUCACAAACUAAAAUAGUAAUUAAUGCAGAUAUUAAUGAAUGUUAGAAAUGGUUCAUUUAAUUAACAUUAAUAUCCAGACAGAUUGGAUGAAAACAAAAUUUGCGAGUCCAAAACAUUUACUUCUGUUUUGCUGUGCUUGACAUUUCUGUUAAUUUUUUUUAUAAUUUCCUUUUGCACUUUUUGAUAAAUAUUUGGGUUUUUGCUGUCAUUUUGACGUUUCUUGUUACGACACAAUAAGCAGCUGAUAUCUUACCGCGGACAUUAUUCGUAAAUUUAUUUAGUGAGAAAUGAGCCUCCUAAAAAAGAGCGCACAACAGUUGUUGGAAAACACAAAUUUGUGUUCUCAAGCAAUCGCCGCAACAGCUGCUGCAUUCCACACAAGUCCAGUAUGCAGUCGCGUGCAAGCUGGUCGAUACCGUGUUACGACAAAACGUAAUCGUGCACUCACAUAUGAAAUGGCCAACCCUCCCCACUAUAUUGCACAUCGCAAAGCUUGGAACUCAUGGAAUACGUCAUCUAUGUUGGAUGGACAACGGGCCUCACAGACAGCCAUUGAAGAUGUGUUUAUGCGCAAGUUCAUGACUGGUACCUGGCAUGCGCUUAUUUUAUCCGAAGUGAUUAUCAAAAGGCAACAUAACAUGAUAAGAAUAUCUGCCAUUGUUCGCCAAGCAAUUAGUCCGAGAAAGAUGUACUUCCUUAUUGGUUAUACUGAAGAGCUCCUCUCGUAUUGGUUGCAGUGUCCGGUGACAUUGGAGUUGCAAACCGUUGCAGAUAAAAAAGAUGUUAUAUUCAAAUAUAUUUAAGUGUUAUGUAGACGUUGAAAAGGGAUGGGAAUAACCAAAUAUAGCGCAGUGCUGACGAAAUUUGUUUAUCAGUGUACAGUGAU